UAUUGCUUCGGCUUCUUUCCUUUCCGUGUGCAAUCUGCUCCAAGCAGACAAGUCGAUCAGUCGUGUGGAAAUAAAGUGUCUAGCGCCAGCAAAGUACGUUUGUUUGUGAAUUAAUUAAAUAUAUCCACAGUCCCGUCUGAAUGCCAGGCAACGCUAACAUGGAAGAAUUGUGUACAAUACUCGCAAAAACGCGUGAUCCGUCGACGCAAAAAGAACAAGAUGAGAUACUGCUGCAGCCAUUCGCUUACAUACAACAAAUACCAGGCAAACAAUUCCGUUCAGAACUGGCCUUGGCAUUCAAUCAUUGGCUUAAUAUUCCGGCGGAGAAAUUACACCAGAUUGGCGAAAUUGUGCAAAUGCUGCACAAUUCCAGCUUAUUAAUUGAUGAUAUUGAAGACAAUUCAAUACUUCGCAGAGGUGUUCCCGUAGCGCAUUCGAUUUAUGGCGUAGCCAGCACUCUCAAUGCCGCAAAUUAUGUGCUCUUUCUUUCGUUGGAGAAGGUGCAACAGUUGGGACACCCAGAGGCCACCAAUGUUUACACCGAACAGCUGUUGGAACUGCAUCGUGGCCAAGGCAUGGAAAUUUAUUGGCGCGAUAGUUUUACUUGCCCUUCGGAAUCGGAUUACAAGCUGAUGACUAUACGCAAAACGGGCGGUCUAUUCAUGCUUGCCAUACGCUUGAUGCAGCUCUUUAGCGAGAAUAAGGAAGAUUUCACUAAACUGACCGCCAUUCUGGGCUUGUACUUUCAAAUACGUGACGAUUACUGUAAUCUGAGCUUGAAAGAGUAUACGCAAAAUAAAAGCUUUGCUGAGGAUUUAACCGAGGGUAAAUUUGGUUUUCCUGUCAUACAUGCGGUACGCUCACAGAAGCAUGACAAGCAGGUUUUGCAUAUUCUGCGACAGCGCACUCACGAUAUCGAAGUGAAGAAAUACUGCAUCAGUUUGCUGGAAAAAUUGGGCAGCUUUCAGUAUACGCGUGAGGUAUUGGAAUCACUCGACAAGGAAGCGAGAGCGGAGGUCGUACGCUUGGGUGGCAAUCCUUACAUGGAUGUCUUGCUCAACAAGUUGCUGUCAUGGAAAGCCAACGAUAAUCACAUUAAUCACAAUGAUGUUGCAUCGCCGAGCAAUCACAAUAGCAAUUAACAGCCAAAGAGGCAAAAGAGGGAACUUUGAAUUAACCCAAUUAAUUCGCCAACCUCUUUUGCUGCUAAGAGUGAAAUGAAUAUGAUAGAGGUUUUUUUGCAAAAACUAAAUAUUUUUUAAAUUAUUCAACAAGCGCUUGUUAAUAGCUGAAUUUCGUGUUUUUUCUUCGUUUCAACGUUCUUUCAAUUAUUAGAAACAUAAAACGAGAAUUUUUACUAAAACAGCACUAAAAGAACACUGAAGCAUGUAACAUAGAGAUUUUAUUUAAUAAUUUAAGUACAUACAUAUGAAAAAAUACAUAGUUAUGCGCCGUUGAAUUAAAGUAUCCUAAGUCGGGAUAUGCCCUUUUCCCUUUAAAGCAACAUUUCAUUGAGCUCAAAAACAAUAUUUUGACCUUUAACUAUCCAUAGGUGUGGUUCAAGAUGCCCUUUUUAAAGAAGCUUAAUAAAAAUAUAAAAAUUUUCAAGGGAAACUGAUUUUUUUUUUUUUAAUUCAAAGUCAAACCUUCCAAAGUCACUUAAGCUACUUUAAUUGUACGGCACAGAUAUGUACCUAUGUAUUUAUGUUCAUUAAGUAUUCGAUUUGUUAUCUAGCGUAUAAUUAACGGAGUUGAGAAGAAAAACGAAUCUUCACAUUAGUUUUGUUUUUUUUUUUGUAUGGAAAAUGUAUAAUAAUGAAAUUUUGUUUUGAUUUGUAAGCUACACUAUCUUCCUGCUCUUACACACCUUGCCGUUUACGUAUUUGUAUUAACUUUUGUGCCAGCAUUGUAAUUUAAGUUGCGGCUAAUAAACAUUAUUCUUAUAAAUAUUGAAAAAAUUCAGAUUGAAUACGCUUGAGCGCUACACAAAAUUAUACAUUCAUUUUUUUACGAAAACCUACUUUCGCGUUUUGAGAAAAAAAAGUUUAUUAUUAGAAACGUUUUUGAAAAACAUGAAAUAUGCAAUUUGAUUGAAUAUUGUUGUUUUACCGGUAACAUUUAAUGCUACAUACUUGUUAAUAUAUCGUGUUGAUUAUAAACAAAAUAUGUAAUUUCAAUUCACUUAAGUACGCGUGUACUUAAUAUUCUAAAUCGAUGUAUUGUACUUUAAUUAAGCAAUGUUUUUUAAAGAAAAUUUUCAUGGAAAAUGUUAUAAAUAUCUUAAAUAUCACUUAUCAAAAAUUCCAAAAUUCGCACGUUUAUAGAAUAUACAAAUUGUUAACGCAAUAAUCAUUAAGCAAAUGCACAUCUACAUACGCAUACACAUCCAUACACGCCCUCGUACACACAUACGUACAUAUAAAAUCACAGUUACACUCGUUUUUAUGCCUGAAGUAUACAAAAUAUAGAUUUUAGCGAUGUUUAUAUUCUUUAACCUUUAUUCACUUGUAAGUGAUAUGUGAUUAUUGUUUAGACUUUCAAGACUUUUUCCAAUAAAAUGUUUACUAUAGCUGCUAGAUUUUGUAGACUUCAGGCAGCUAAACAGGCAACAGCAGUUACAAGUAAAGACUUGCAAAACCGUUUGUAAAUGAUAUUUUAAAUAAAAGCAAAACAAAUUUGUAUGUAUUCGCAAUAUUAUAAAAAUAGAACAAAAAAAAAAA